CUCACUUUUUCUUAAUCACUAUCACGUAUUGCUUUUUAUGGGUUGUCCCAAAAAAAUGGAGUUCAUUCUUAAAAACCCUCGUUUGUUUACGUCAUAUAGUAACCUCUGGUGCGACACUGCAUCAGCCAGUCAGUUUCUUCGCGGCAGUAGACGAGAAUAAGAAAAGGGGCCACAAUGAGCGAAGACAAAGCAGAAGCGAAGAAGAGCGGCGAGGACACAGUCGCCAUCACGACCUACGAUGACCUGAACGACCUCGCAGGCUCACAGGACAUAAGGACGCUCCUAAUCCUCGUCUUGAUCUCCUUCGGAACAUUUAUCAACCCACUUCAGACAAUUAAUUACCAGUUCUUGGGUGCCACUCCGGACUACUGGUGCCACGUAGCCCCUCUGGUGGAUGCCAACUGGACUCAAGACCAGAUCUUAAGUCUAGCUAUUCCCAAUGGGAAUAGCAGUAGUCAGCGCAGUAGUUGUGUCAUGUACGACUACAAUUAUACCUUAGCGGCUGAGUUGGGCUUCGAAGUGGCUUCCUCGAGUCCAGAGUUUUCCCUUGAGGAUGGCGAGGAGGUCAGGACAGUCAAGUGCUCCUCCAGAGACUUCGACAGGAACCAGUACGAGUCUACGGUCGUGACGGAGUGGGAUCUGGUAUGCGAGCGCCGUGUCCUGUACUCGACGACUCAGGCUGUCAGUCAAGUGGGAACUCUGCUGGGUUCCCUCGUGGUCGGCUACCUCUAUGAUGUGAUCGGCCGUCGCCCAGUCGUCCUCCUGAGCUCUACCCUCUUCACUAUUUCGGGGUUCUUAGCGGCUGUUUCCCCUACGGUCGAAUUUUACAUCUUCAUGAAGACUAUCAUUGCCUUUAUGGCUUCGGGAAUUUAUCUUGGCUGCUUCGUGUUGGUUAUGGAGUUGUGUUCCUCUCGCCAUCGUUCUACCGUAUCUGUCAUGUUCGUGGUACCCUGGGCCCUCGGCUACAUGGUACUACCAGGCAUCGCUUACCUAGUAAGGACUUGGUACUGGCUACAAGUGGCGCUUACGGUUCCCGCUCUUUACACUGUCUCUUACUUUUGGCUGCUCCCAGAAUCCCCACGUUGGCUGCUGGCGAAGGGAAAAUACGAAGAAGCUCUCAACGUGUUCAAAUGGCUCGCGAAGAUCAACGGAAGAACUCUGCCACCUGACGAAAUUCUCCUGCAGGAUAUCAAGAACUUAGCAACCUUGGACGACAAGGAGAAGCCGAAAGCGGACCAAGAGGCUCAGGAGGACCUCGCCGCCCGAGUCCUGGCCGCCGUGAAGGAGUUCUUUGCCCUCGUGACCACCGCGGGCCUCAGGGGAAGGGCGGCGGUCGUCUUCUUCUGCUGGUUCGCGAGCUCGCUCAUCUACUACGGCGUCGCUCUCAACGCCACGAAUCUGAGCACCGACCCUUACAUAUACAUGUUCUUAGGCGGCCUGCUUGAGAUCCCUUCCUACGUGUUGCUGUGGCCAGCUAUCAUCUACCUCGGAAGGAAGAAGUCGCUUGUGGGGCUCUACCUCGUGUGUGCUGUCUCCAUCUUCGCCGUUAUGACUGUCCUGAUUGUGACUCCUGGAGAAACUGGCACUUUGAUGAUCUUCCUGUCGCUGUGUGGAAAGCUCGCCAUCACAGCAGGCUUCCAUCUGGCAUACAUCUUUACCGCCGAACUUUUCCCAACGAGUUACCGCUCCCUCGCCGUGGGUCAGGCCAACGUCUGUGCUAGAAUCGGGAGCACGUGUUCGCCGUACAUCAAUGAUAUUUUGGGUGUUGUAACCGUAUGGGCCCCGUCCGCCGUCUUCGGAUCCUUGGCUCUGAUGGCUGCCGGUCUAGCUGCUUUACUGCCAGAAACCAAAGACUGCGAUCUUCCCGAAACGAAUGAAAUCCCACAAAGUCGCCAAAGGAAAAAUUCGCAAGAUUCCGCCGAUUCCUUGGAAAUGAAAACCGGAGUACCGAAUUGCAGCUUCGAGCCGGACAUCGACCAGAGCGUAACGGACACUGGGCGUUCGUGAUUCCGGAUACAGAUGUUGUUUUAUUUUGUCUUGCAAAUUAUCUUUAACAAUACGUAUAUAGAAGGAAGUUACUGUGAUAGUUUUAUGUCAUUUGAAGUAUUUCAUAAAAGGAAAAGUAAGCAGGAUAACGUAAACUGCCAAAGGAUUAAACAACGAAGGACUGUAGAUCCGUUAUUGUACAAAUACAUAAAGUGUUUUUAAUGUUAAAUAGCACUCACCUUAUAAAUAUGUACUUAUAGAUAUGUACAAAUGUCAUAUUUGUUUGUGGCUGGACUACGCUGACUGUACAGGAAAAUAUUUUGUGUUAAAUCAGUUUUGUUUAAACUGUAGAUUUCGAAUUGUUUUAAAAUACAUUCACGUCUGGCAGUAUUUUUUAAAACAGGCAGUAAAGUAUCGGUUCGCAAAAGAGGGUAUUUUGUCACAGGUUGGAAAAGGUGUUUCUGAACAUGAUGGAGAACUGAACACCGGUGAAGGAGUGAUUGUAGGUCGUGAAAUGCUAUAUGUAAAGUGAAAGUGCCCUCGAGGAAUGCACAAGAGUUGAGAAUUUAUUGAUGUUCUUUGAAUAUUUUUAAAGGAUAGCCUUUUUUAUACGUCAUCCUGAACUUCGGGUAUCAUUUAAUCAAUGCUUCAUUUUGUGUUGUGGGAUGUGUUUUCGUGAGAGUGUGUGUGUGUGUGUGUUUAUAGAGAAACCUUUGUCUAUUUACCCUCAAAGUUCCUAAUAUUAGUUCCGAACCUUAGAAACUACUUACCUCUGUUGAUUGAUUUAGAAUAAUUAGGUAAUACCUAUUACAUAAUGAAAUAUUUUAUGAACACCUUACUAAAUGUGUUAUAUGUUGUAAGCUUUAUGUUGUUUUGUAUGUUUCUUUAUGAAAUUGUUAAGAUCAUUAGAGUAAAAUUACUGGAGUCUA